AUGAAAAAUAGGAUAAUAAUCACAUCUAAGAUAGAUGAUUUGAUUUAAAAUCUAAAAAAAACAGAAGAUACUCGAGGUCCAAUAUUUAGAAAAUUAUCUUUGAAUUAAGAGUCUUAAGUAGAAUCUUAAAUAAUUAGUCAUCUAAAAAUAAAAUUUGAUGAUGAUGCAUUAUAAUUAAAGUUUGUAUAAGAUAAAACGAAAUCAUUGGCAAAUAAAAUAAAACAGUUAUAAAAAUAAGCUAAAUUAAAGAAAUUAUAAAUGCCAUAAGAAUAUAUGAAUUUUAUGAAUGCAAUUUAAGAAAAUCUGAUUCAUUAACAGGAAACAAAGAUAAAUAAGAUAUUAAAGAGAUAAUAAUAAUAUGAGGAAUAAAAUAAGAGUUUUUAUUAGUUUCGAAUAAGAGAAUUAGAAAAAUAAUAGUAACAGAUAGAAUAGAAACAUACAGAGUUACCUAAAGAAUUUAAAUCAUUUUUUUAACCAAUAGAGGAAGCAUCAAUUAGUUUUAAUAAUAUGGAUUAGAGAAUAAAGUAAUAAUUAUGGAAUAGAGGUUAGAAAAAGUUUUUUAGUUUUUGGAAUAAUUAAAAUAGUCCAAAUUAAAAGAUUGAAAGGGUAGAGAUGUAAGAAAGUAAAUCAUAGUGUUUUUUUUAAAGAUAAAAGAAAAGAGUGUCAAUUUAUAAUGCUCCAACAAUAAAAAUAACAUAUGCAGGAUGA